AUUAAAGUUUACGGCCAUUGAAAUCAAUAUUAUUUUUAAAACCAAACGCACGCCGCCAAUUUGGCACAUAAUCAAGAAAAAAUCUCAAAUUAAUUUACAGCAUAAUAUAAUCUCAAAACUGUAGAAACCUGAUUUAUAGAAUUAAACUGACAAUUAUUUUUUUCUCAAAAUGGCUGCCUAAAAUCUCAACAGCGGUUAAAACAUUUUCUUGACAGAGAUCAAAUUUUAAAUAAAAUUCACUUCGACAAACGACUUGUACUUAAAACAUUGCCCUAAUAAAUUCUGGCACCUUUAAAUUACGACAACUGUCAAAUAGUGCAUUUCUUAGUCUCGUAGCUGAAACUAAAUAAACCAAAGACGACAAGGCAGUCCGAAAACUCAGUGCCUUUUUUCUUUUUCUACCGAAACGAGACAUCAAUUAGGCGUUGUCUCUAAUGUGGUGGUCGCUGCCAACUUUCUCCGUGUUUGGAUAGGAAAGUUCGACCUACAGCGUCAAACUACAACGACUGCUUGUCACUUAUGGGGAAUGAACAACGAAAGGGCCAAGACCAAAUACAAUGUUAAGAAUACGUGACAGACCGCUGAAAUACCAUUUUCUGAGCGAAAUAGGCUAAAACAUAAUCCUAACACGGUCUAAAAUACCAUUUGUUUUAUCCUCGCGAGGCAAUGGCCGUCGGGUCGUGCAGAUGUGGCUAUAUAUUUCUGUAAAAUCUUUGUUUACCACGAAAUGGGACGAUAAAAGCGAAAAAAACAUGGACCAUCUUGCCCCAACCUAAUUCAUUACAAAUCAACCACAAAUGCUAUAACAUUAGCUAAAAAAUUAAUCAUAUAAUAGCUACGUCAUAUAGGCGACAAAUGGUUAAAAACUUGAACCGUCUUGCCCCAACGCACUAUACGACAAAAACGAUCAUAUACACCAUAUGUCGCAUACGUAGACCGUCAUAUAGUUUACAGAACACGCCUGUUAUGCGGUGUACACUUGUGCGGUAUUGACAUGAAAGCGCAGUUUUAAGCUGCUAUACCUUAUGGCUCAAAAAUGCCGUAAGAAAUUAAUGCUCGCUUUGAAGACGUCGGGUUAACUUAGGUUUAUAUUAAUCUUACUUGUCCAUACUCGUGAUUUGGAUUAUGACGAAAUAUGAUCAUCUGUGACGUCAUAUAUCAUAUUGAUGACGGGUAUAGGAAACCGCCAAUCAAAAGCGAUUUGAUUAUUCAACUUUAACCUGGAACUAAUUCAAAUUUCCGCCAAAAAUUCACGGUUAGUUUUUUGUAAACAAAUCGCAAGCCGCGAAAAUUUUUCGCGGGUGUGACGUAAACACAUUGUGACGUCAUUAAUAAAUCAUUGUCAAAUAACGCAGCAUUCUGUGCAUGGAGUUAAUGUGUAACUAAGUGUUAUGCAUUUACAAGUACACACAACGCAUACAACAUAUUCUAUACACUAUACUGUCGUAGAAUGAGGGAGUUUAAAUGAAGAAUCUUUCGGCCAAAGUUUUAGUUCUUGGCGACCAAGGCGUGGGGAAGACUUCGCUAGUAAUGAGGUAUUCGCGGAAAAUAUUUGUGGAAACUUCAACCCCCACUAUUGGAGCUGCUUAUUUUGAAGCCAUCGAGGAAGUCGGCGACCAAAAGUUGAAGUUGAAAAUCUGGGACACCGCGGGUCAGGAGCGCUUCAAGUCGAUGAUACCAAUGUAUUAUCGGAACUCAAAGGCCGCAUUGAUCGUAUUUGAUAUCACUGAUUCUGAUAGCUUUGUAGCAGCGCAAAAGUGGGCAACAGAAUUACAUCAACAUAUAGAAGACAAACUAAUUUUAUUUCUCAUUGGAAACAAAUCUGAUCUCGGCAGAUCACGAAAAGUUAAACAAAGCGAGGCGAAUGCAUAUGCUGAAAUGAUAGGCGGGCAUUUUAGGGAGGUGUCCGCUUAUUCCAACGAAGGAAUAAGCGAGAUGUUUUUGGACCUGUGUGUGAAAUUACUUCACGAAAAACUGAACUCAAGACGGAAUACGAUUGGUCAAGUCACCACCUGGCCAACCAAUGACAGCUUAGUAUCUAGCCAAUACCCGCCAAUAGAAUUUAAGGAAAAUGAAGCCGAAAAAAAUACUUGUUGUUUCACUUUUACUUAACAACAGGCAAAACCAAAAGUGAA